AUGGCGCCGAAGUUCGACCCCAACGAGGUGAUCGAGGUGUUCGUGCGCGUCACUGGGGGCGAGGUCGGCGCGGCGUCGUCGCUGGCCCCCAAGAUCGGCCCCCUGGGCCUGUCCCCCAAGAAGAUUGGUGAGGACAUUGCCAAGGAGACCGCCAAGGACUGGCGGGGCCUGCGCGUGACCGUGAAGCUCGCGGUGCAGAACAGGCAGGCCAAGGUGUCGGUCGUGCCCUCGGCGGCGGCGCUCGUCAUCAAGGCGCUCAAGGAGCCCGUGAGGGACCGCAAGAAGGAAAGCCACUGGACACUGCUCGGUGCUGGGGCCACCUCGCUGGCGCAGCAUCGGCGACAACAGCAACGGCCGCGGCGCAGCAGCGCUGCCAGCAGCAGCGCCGUCAGCAGCAGCGCCGUCAGCAGCAGCGCCGUCAGCAGCAGCGCCGUCAGCAGCAGCGCCCCAGGAGCGUCCCUGCUGACCAUCGAGAAGAACAUCAAGCACACCGGCAACAUCACUUUUGAUGACAUCAUCGAGAUCGCGCGCGUGAUGCGGCCCCGCAGCGUCGCCAAGUCUCUGGCGGGCACCUGCAAGGAGAUGCUGGGCACCGCGCAGAGCGUCGGCUGCACCAUCGACCACAUGCACCCGCAGGAGGUCAUGGGCAAGAUUGACAGCGGCGAGCUGGCGGUGCCCGAUGCUUGA